GAUACAAUGUAACACUGAUUUUAGGCGUUGAAAUAGAGCCCAUGCCAAACGAACAACCAACACACGGUCUCAUGAAAAGGGAAGAAAACAGACGCUAUGUUGGUGAACCUGUUCAUGUCUAUUUAGGAGGGAAACUUCGGCGUCUGCUAGUGCUUGAAAGGCAGCAAGUGUCAAUAAUUUUCUUUCGUUAAUGUCAUCUUCAGUUUUCUGCUCCCUCAUUCAAGAUGUAGAUCUUUCACAAGAAAUUUUAAUAAUGCUCUUUUGAUAUUGUGUCCUAUUUGAUAUUGGGUCUGGGUGCUUGACGAUUUGAUUGUCAGCAUAAUGGUGUUGGGUAGUGAGCAGUGUUUAUACACCAAUGUUCAAAAUGUUGUUAUGCCCAAUGGAAAAACGAAGGAACUUCGAGUUGAAGUCUCGGGUUUUGGAAAACCUGUAUCUAAAGUUGAGGUGCGAAUCACGGAUGACUGCGACCCUUCGUUGCUGUACAUUCUACAUGUUUCUGAGUCAGACUUUAAUUUAAUCAAGUCACAGCAGGGUUUGCUGGUCGACUUUUCAAAUUUUCCCGUACACCUUGUCAAACUAUUUGAGCAAUGUCUCAACAGUGUGAAAGGAUUUUUGCUAAUGUUGGAGGAAAAUGGGUUGGAGAGCUAUUUGAAAGUUGUUCAACCCAUAGAUCUCAAGAACUUAUGUUACAUCGCACUCCGCAUUGCAAAAGGAUCAGAUGCCGAGAUCAUGCGGCACAUGCAUAGUCAAAUUGUUCUCUUAAAAAAAAGUCUCUGUACCAAGGAGGAAGAAUUAAGUUGUAGCCAGUCGAAAGUUGCCCAGCUUCAACAGGAACUAGAUUUGAAAGAGCAGUUAAAGGAGAGACACGCUAAGCAUUGGGAGGAGGAGAAAGGAAAGCUGCAGGCCACAUUUUCCAAAGAAAUGGACUCCCUGAGAGAGCAGUUGCUCCAGGACAGGAAAAGAGAUCUAGAUUCUGCAGCUUAUCAGCGAGAGAGUUUGAGUACAAAGCUCGAGGACCUUAGCAGAGAAGCAUCUAAAUAUAAAAAUAAACAUAUGCAAAUCUGUGAAAAAUAUGAUCAAGCUCAGCAAACCAUCAGAGAAUUGAGCAUGAGAAUUUCCAGCUCAGAAGACAUGCAGAAGUCUAUGAACCGAGAACUUGCAGACCUCCGUCGGCAUAGAACUGAGCUGGAAAGUGAAUGUCACAAGAAAGACCAAGAUAUUGGACAGGCACGUGCUCAUGCCGACUCUCUUGAUAAGGAAGUUGUAAGACUUCGUACUCGUUUAACGCGCCAAGAAGGACAGUUGAGGCAAGCUGAUUCUGAGCAGGUGCGCCUAAAAUCAGCUUUGACACGACUGCAGGAAACCAUGGAGGCUCGCAGUGAUCUGGUCUUGCAGUUAAAUGGUGACCUUACCAAAGCAAACCUCAUCAUAAAAGAGAGACAGAAAGACCAAGAUAAAAUGCGUAGUGAGAUCCAAAAGCUUUUGUCAUUGAAACAUGAAGAAGAGAAAAAGAUCAAGAAGCUAGAAUUGGAAAUGAAACUUCUGCGAGCAAAUGCUGAGAGGGAUGAUGCUCGUAUCAAAGCUCUGGAAGAUACUGAGAAGAAACUCCAACUGGAGCUGAAAACUGCAACUGAAACAAUAUCUGCCAAAGAAGAACAACACAAGAAAUGUGGAGAGAUAAUUUCGUACUUGAAUCGCAGCCUGAAUCGGCAACAGUUGGACCCGUCCCCUCCAUCUACUGCUCACGGCUUGCACGGCCAGUCGGUGUUCUACAACUCGGCUCCCUCAGCCCCCAUCCUGUACACCAUGGGCUCCUCGCUGGGCCGAGCGGGGGCGGGGACUGGGCUGCACGUGUCAGGACCACCCAUGACCAACCAAGGGGUCCACUUCAACACCAAGGUCAAUGCGCUCCCUUUCUCCUCGACGCCUCUAGUCGCUAGUGCUGCUGCUGGUGGCACCGGGGUCCAAACGCGACGCAGUUACCCUGGGGCGCUGAUUCGGCCACCUGGCCAAGGAAGCAGCUUGCCUAGUGAUACACCGUCAGCUCGACCCGUGGUGGACAGAAUGACUUUGUCGCAGUUGCAAGCUAAAGAUGACUCCCAACUCAAGAAGAAGACGUCUCCAUCUCAACUGCCUUAUGCUGGCCAGAAAGUCCCUCAGUCAAAAAGUAAUUCCACUGGAAGCAGCACUGUGAAUCCAGGAAAUUCAAAAGAGGCCAGGACAGACAGGACUGCUAAGGGUAAAAUAUCUGAUAAAGAGAACAAGGACAGUGGCACUUUUAAACCAUCUGCAUACUUCCAUCCCAAUAAAAUUAUAACUGAAUUUUAAUUUUUUAAUUUUAUGUUAUUGGUUAGUGUAAAAUAAAGUCAUCUAUAUUUUAGUUUAUGUAA